UGUUGUCUAUUUAUGGUUAGAAUUAGAAUAGUCAGUAAUCCGUAAUCAGUAAUCAGAAUUAGUGACUGUUUGUCAGUCAAUAGUUUGGUUGAUUGUUAAUUGUCAAGUUAAUUGGAUUUAAUUAAAUUAGAUUAAGUCGGUAUAAUGUCAACAAUAUCCGCGUCUGAAGCUCCCCAUCUCCAGCAAAUCGAUCUUACCAAAUUAAGUUUGCAACAAUUAACCUUACUGAAGCAGCAACUCGACAAGGAGCUCAAUGUAUUUCAAGAUUCACUUCAAACUUUGAAAAUAGCUCAGAGUAAAUUUCAAGAGUCUGGUUUUUGUUUAGACAAAGUCACACCUGAAGCCAAAGGUAAAGAGAUCCUCGUGCCGCUUACCGAGUCUAUGUACGUACCAGGAAGGAUGUCCGACACCGAGAACGUGCUAGUGGACAUUGGGACUGGAUAUUUUGUCGAGAAAAACGUCGAAGAUGCGAAAAAUUACUUUUCAAGACGCGUUGCUUAUGUAACAGAGCAGAUGGAGAAGAUCCAGGUGCUGGGGCUUGAAAAAAGCAAGAUCCGUGAUGCCACCAUUGAUGUUAUGAGCAUGAAGAUUCAAGGACAAAUGCAGAAAGAGGCUGCUUAAUUUUAUAUUGAGAUUUUAUUUUAUUGAUAGAUUUACGCAUUUCUUUUAAUCAAUAAAUAAUUGAUCUUUAAUUUAAA